UUUCAAUAUUUUAUAACUUUUUGACGAUUUGGGUAAAAUAAGGACCAGAGCGCCAUUCUUUAGGGCCUUCUGGACACGUCCCUCAAAUUUUUUUGCAUUCUGUUUAGAAAUGACGACGAAAACCGAAAACUCGCAUCUAGGGAUUUUUCUAGGGACUGUCGGUAAAGUUUUCGAUGCUCGCAUCGCCAAGUAAAAACACUGACCAAUCCGAGCGCGUAUAGCGCGCAAGUUCAGGGACGGCAGCGUCGGCUACGAAAGCGGGACUUCACGUAGGUCGCGAACGAGGGUCUCACGGUGGCAACCGUAGACAACGGACGUACGGAGAAGUGGUACUCUUGAUUAGGAAGUUUUUAAGGAAGUGGUUUUUCUGGGAACUUGAGUUUUCAUCAGUGUCUUUUUAGGGGGUUUUCUUUGUACAAAAGUGUCUCUCUUGGGGUCGCUUAUUCCCGGGAAAGCGAGCCCAGGAGAAAAUAGUGAAUAAAGAGGGUGUGGCCCCUCCCUGCGACAAGGCAUUGUCGCAGGGAGGAGAGGUUGUUUUAAGGAAUGUAAGGAAAAUAAGGAAGGAAAGUGGUGAAAAGAAGAAAAGAAGCAAGAGCGAAGGUGAGAAAACUGUAAAAUUAAAGGAGAAAACGGAAGAACUCAACCUAAGUAUGGUUGAAUUCGAGGCCGAAUAUCUAGAGGAGGAUGCCGAGGCUAGGGAAUUUUUUGAAAUUCUGAACAGAAAUAGAAAGCCGUUAGAGGAUACCAACUGUAGUGAAGAAAUUGCUGGAAGUUCCAACAAGGCCGUGGAAGAAAACAAAGAAGAGAAUAGGGAAUUUGUAGUUUCCCCUAGGGGUGAGGCGAUGAAUCAGGAAGAGCUUGGUAUCGCUGCUGAAAAGAAGGGGAACAAGAAGAAGGAGACUGCGUCUCAUUCUUGGAAGAGUGUUGCGGAUGUAAGGAUUGGGUCUGGAGAAAACAGAAAAGUUAGGAAGAGGACAGCAGAGGAAGAAACGGAUAAAAGUGAAGAAGGUAGUAAAAGAGAUAGAAAAGAAGUCGAAGGUUUUCCCGUAGCUAAUACAUCCCCCAUAGGUGGAAAAAAAAGGGCCACACCUGUCCAACAAGGCGCGGCGCCAUCAGAGUGUACGACUGCGGGUGAGAAUAUUGAAGGCGCAGUAGGAAAGGAUACAAUAUCCUUAGGGGACAGAAUAAACAGUAGAAGAACACGAGGUGAGAACAAACAGUUUUACCUAGAAGAGUUGAAGAGCAGAGAAUAUAUGGUUACAAUGGUACUUGGGAAGGAGAACACGAGUAAAUUCAAAAGAAACAACAUAGUUAAGAUGUAUAGAAUGCUUGGAUCGAGGUCACGUUUUCUGCGGGGACUCAAAAUGGUGGGUUUUAACAAAGCUGAACUUACUUUUAGUGACAUGGCGGCAGCAAACGCCAUCCUGAAAAUGGCGGAUCAAGAUGGCGCAGGAUUUGAGGCCUUCCUUCCGGAUCGGAAGAAGAUGAGGAAGGGUGUGAUUACGGAAUGGGAGGAUUCGGUUGAAGAUCUCAAAGUUGUAAUGCCGGGGCAAGGAGAGUUCAAGUUUGAAAGAAUGAGGAAAAAAGCGUUUAAGGACGGGAAAAGUGUCUGGACUGAGGGGGUGGCGAUUCUAGUAACCGUUAAGGGGGACCGCUUGCCAACUGAACUGAAGAUUGGGGCGGGCCACGUAGCCCUUCGCAUCUACCCGUACGUGGAGCAGGUUAAGCAGUGUUUCAAGUGCUUUUCGUAUGGGCACCUACAAAUGCAAUGUCGGAGUCUGAAAAAGUGUCUAGUGUGCUUGGAAAGGGAACACAGGAAUUGCGACAAGUCACCGGUGUGCUUGAACUGUGGGGGAAAUCAUACGUCCCUAUCUAAAACAUGUUGGGUGCACCAAAGAGAAAAAUUAAUCAGAAAAGUCAUGGCCUUUAAAAAUGUGGCGUACGCAACAGCCAAGGGCAUAGUUGCGAAUCAAUUAGGAGAAAACUGGGACGAAGAGGUGGUCGGAAGAGAUGGAGGCAGCAGAGACUUUCCUACUUUGCCGACGAGAAGAAUUGAGUGUUGGGAGGCAAAAGAGGUACCAAUGGAGGAUGAAUUGGAACUGUUGAGGGAAGCCAAAAAGAAAUCGGAGGGGGGCAGGAUGGGUGCUAGAAGAUGGGAAAAUGUCCCUGAGAAUACGAGGAGGAGCCAGGGAGGGGGUAAAAGUAGAGGCAGGGGCAGGCUGAGGCAAGAAGACUAUGCCGCAGAGAAUAGGCUACCCCGUGCUCAAGGUUUAACGGUUAGUGUCUCAAAUGUGUUCGAGUCUCUACAACAAGAGGAAGAUGGGACUGCCCCGGAGGAAGCUGAAUAUGUAUUUGGAGAUGGGCUACCAAUAGAACGUGCUAUCAAAAGGAUUAGCAUGGUGGAACAGCGUGCCCAAAAAAGGCUAAUUGGGCAGCUGGAGAAGAAGAGGGAUGAAGAAUUUAUGGCGGACCUGAUGAAAUUGAUAAGGGAAUAGGGUUAUGAGCAGGAGGUGGAAAGAAUGUUGAAUGACAACAAGAAAAAAGAACAAAGGACGGAGGAGGAAGAAUAUGCAUACUGGAACACUACUAGGCACAGGCCCAACUGGGACGUUCCCAUCCCGGAGAAGACUAAGGAAAAGCUGAGAAGGAGGAAGGAGAGAUAUGAGGCCCAGAAGGCGGCAAAGGAGGCUCAGGAACAAGAACUAGAAGACAUAGCUGUACGGGCCCACCAGCAAUACGGGUGGACGACAGAAAGGGCAAAUCAGGAAGACGAAUAUAGAAGAGGAAGACUCGAGGAGCUCAUGAAAAGGAUUGAGGGAAGAAUGUGUGGGAAUAGAGAGGACUUUAACGAUGAAUAGCGUUAUGGACAAUAAAGUGUGGUUAUGUUUGGUUUGUGUGUGUGCUUUAAGGGGUCUUGUAAGAGCCAUUCGUGGUUUAGGUCUAUUGAUAUGUUUAGUUUUAUUAUUAUCAACUUGUUUAUCUUUGGUUUCAUUAGCAAUUUCUUGGAAAAGAAAUGUUUUUGUCUGCUACUGCGACUUGCGUUUUUCGAACAUACUCGAUUCUAGUUUUAUUUUCUGUUACGAAGAGUGGGUAUGUGUUUUGAAUUUUUUUGCGUUCAUAUGUAAAAGAAGGUUAAGAGUGGAUGGAGUUUCAGUUUGGAUUGGGUUUUUUCUAAAAAGCAGGUUGUACGGGAGCGAGUGCUUACCUUGGAAAGAAUCUCUGAUAGAUUGCAUAGAGAUGAGUUGGAAAGGUACUGUCACUUUGUAUAGUCCAAUUGGCUUAAUGGUCAUGUAUGUAUAUGGCCCCUAUGGGGGGCGGAGGUCUGUUGAGGAGGGAUCUCACAUUAAAAGUAGGAUUUGUUAUAUCUUUUGGAGUGACUUUAAUAUUAAAAUUAUACUUUCUUGUAGGUGUCUGACUUGUUACUGCCCCCCCUGUUGCAAAGCUUGGAGGGUGUGUUGGAUAAAGUGCGAAAGAAGAAGGGCGAAACUUGGAAGGGUAGUUUCUAGAAAAGGAAAAGAGGGGUUAUAAUCGAGCCAAAUGGCUACUUCAAUUUUCAAGGGUAAGUUUUGUCUGGGAACCUGGAAUGGCAGGAGCGUUAGAGGGAAAUUAAGCGAAAUUAAGGAGAAUAUUAAAAAUUUUGACAUCUUAGGGAUAACCGAAACAUAGCUUAAAAAGAAAGAUAGAUUCGUUAUUCCGGAGUAUAAUAUUGUUAGCGGUGAUUUGAAAGAGGAUAGACAGGGUGGGGGUUUGGCGUUUAUAGUGGAGGAGCGUGUAAAGUUUGCUGUAAGAGAGGAUUUAACCUGGAAGGGGGCAGGAAGGGAAGUCUUGGGGAUUUCGGUGGAAACUAAGAAGGGCGUGUGGGAUAUCCUCUUAGUCUACAGAAGACCAGGAGAGAAAUGGGAAAGAGAAGAUUGGGUCAAACUAUUUAAAAACAAAAGACAGAAUGUUGAAACAAUUCUAAUGGGCGAUUUUAACGCUAGAAACAAAGUAUGGAACUGUUACGUUGAUAGUAGAGAGGGCUCCCUGUUGGAGGAGGUGGUUAGGGACUACGACAUGUUCGUUAUUAACACAAAUACUAAUUCAAGGCUAGGAACUGGUGGUAGGCCACCAUCGAACAUUGACCUAUUUAUUGGAUCUCAUUAUGCGAUGGAUAUUGCAACGGUGGUGGAAGAAAAUGAGACCAUGGGCUCAGACCACCAAGUGUUAGGUUUAGUUUUCGGAGAUGAGGAGGUAAAUAGAACCAAGGAAGUGGUAGGGUUGACUAGAAAGUUCAGGGAUGAUAAAAUAAAUUGGGACUUGUUUGUAACAGCAUCAAGUGAGGAAGCGACUAGCCUAAUGGAAAAUUGGAACGUAGAGGGGUGGGAGAAUUUUAGCAUUGAGGAUAGAUGCAGGGAUUUUACGGAGGCAAUAGUUAAUAUUAUCAGGAAAGCGGGCGGUACUGUAACAGACAAGGGGCUGAAUAUCAAUGAUGUAAGAAAGAAAGCUAAACCUAAAAAAAAUAAUGUUAGGGGACAGACGUGGUAGGAUAAAGAUUGUAAUGAAGCUAAAAGGGACAGAAGAAAUGCAGUUAAACUCUUUAUUAGGACGCCGAAUCAGGCUAAUUGGAUUAAUUUGAGGGAGGUGGGAAAGCGAAUGAAAAAAUUAAUAGAGGAAAAGAAGUCUAAAGCUUGGGACGAUUUCGCAUCAUCAAUCGAUUGUUAUACCAGUUCCAGGGAGGCCUGGCAAAAGAUUAAACAAAUUAAGAAUGGUAUUGGGAAAACCGGGUGCAACAGUCUUAAGGAAAAUGAAAUAAAUUCGUUGGAGGAGCUAGAAAUGGAAAAAGUUUUUUCUUAUGAUUUAGAGGUGGUUCCGGGAGAAGAAGGUCAGGGGGAAUUAGAAACCUCUGGUCAAUUUUUGGGAGGGGAUUAUGUUAGUACUGGGCAAGCUAGUAUACAGGAUUGUUUCGAAGAGAGGGACUUGCAGGAGAUCUUGGACUCAGUCCGGAUUUCCUCGGCCCCAGGAGAAGACGGAAUUUCGUACCUCUUUUUAAAAAAAUUAGAUAGCGGAAUGAAGAAGUGCUUACUGAAAUUAUAUAACUGGAUCUGGGAGAACAGUUGUAUACCACAACGGUGGAAACAAGUGGUGAUAAAGUUUUUGGAAAAACCCGGGAAAAAGGCCCUGAGACCUAUCUCCUUGAUUAAUUGUAUGGGGAAAAUUCUUGAAAGGUUAGUGAAGGAAAGGCUGUAC